AUGAACUACAUGCGUACCGCCAGCCUCAUCCAGGACAUCGACAAGAAACACCUGGUCCUGCUGCGGGACGGCCGAACGCUCAUCGGGUACCUGCGCAGCAUCGACCAGUUCGCAAACCUGGUGUUGCACCAGACCGUGGGAGCGCAUCCACUGGGCAAGAAGUAUGGCACAUCCCACGAGGCAUCUUGUGUGAGAGGAGAGAACGUUGUUCUGCUGGGGGGGACAAUAGACCUGGAGAAGGAGAGUGACACCCCCCUGCAGGUAUCCAUCGAGGAGAUCCUGGGAGGCAGCGGUGGAGCAGCAGCCAAGCAGGAGUCAGAGAAGCUGAAGGUGCAGGCACUGAGAAGGGGCCUCUCCGUGCCCCGGGCAGACACCCUGGACGAGUAUUAG